GUACAACCAGCUACCUUUCCCCGAAGAGUAUUACCCGAUGGCGAUGUUGACGAAGCUCGAGCUGGUGAAGAAGGACGUGGACGCUGCGUCGCCGGUCGUAAAAAGCGGAGAGACGGACGGGGUAGGAAACAACAACUCGUCCUUCCCACAGGUUGCCCUGAACCCGGAGCAAAGCUUCAUCAAGCAAGAGGUGGCCGACGAGAUCGACGAGGAGGAUCUUCCCCUCGCGUACCACUGCAAGUUAUGCGGCGUGUUCUUCGCCUCGCAGGCGUUGCUCGACAACCACGAGAUCGAGCACAAGAGCAAACGGAAGAACACGUGCAACCAGUGCGGGAGAGUGUUCAGAACGUACGUGAACUUGCGGAAGCACAUGAAGAAGCACAACGGGCGGAAAGGUGGGGGGCGGAAGGCGAACAACAACGCGUCCACGGUUGCCAACAAUCGUUCGAGCAUAAAGGUGAAGAAGGAGAAGCCCGAGAUGGAGUUCGUGUGCAAGACGUGCAACAAGGUGUUCAGACACAAGAGCAACUAUCAGAAACACUUGAUGCGGCACACGGUCGGUGAUCUGACCUGCAAACACUGCCCCAAGAAGUUCCGCCUGUUCCGCGAUCUGACCAGGCACGAGAAGACCCACUUCUAUCCUAGCUACAUGUGCAAGGAGUGCGACUACGAGACCACGGUGUUGGCAGCGCUCAGCAUCCACAUGCUGCGCCACACCGACAAGAACGAUCUACCGUUCCAGUGCAACGACUGCGACAAACGUUUCCGCAAAGCGAUCGAUCUCCAGGAGCAUUACAACAUACACUCAGGGGACAAGCCUUUCGCCUGCCAGUUGUGCGGCACCGCCUUCUAUCUGAGGCGACAAUUGUCCGCCCAUUGCAGGCGCAUGCACCCGGAGAUGAAGGCGAACAAAGUGACGAGCACGGCGUGCGACAUCUGCGGCCGGGUCCUCGCGACCAAGAGAUCAUUGUUCCGGCACAAGGAGAGCCACAACCCCACCAAACUGUACCUGUGCGACUACUGCGGCAAGAGUCUGAGCAGCGCCGAGCAUUUGAAGAAGCACAGGCGCAUCCACACGGGGGAGAAACCGUACGUGUGCGACAUCUGCGGAAAAGGUUUCACGGAUUCGGAGAAUCUGAGGAUGCACAGGAGGGUGCACACGGGGGAGAAGCCGUACAAGUGCGACCAGUGCCCGAAAGCUUUCUCGCAGAGGUCGACGUUGACCAUCCAUAGGCGGGGUCACACGGGGGAACGGCCGUACGUGUGCCAGAUCUGCAACCGUGGCUUCUCGUGCCAGGGCAACCUGACGGCCCAUCAGAAGUCGACCUGCGUGUAAACGCGAGUAGUGCCUUCUUCGUCGUCGUCGUCGUCGUCGUCGUCGUAGA